GCCCCCAAUAAAGAUGGUGACGGUCACACGGGCCUAUCGCCAUCUGAGGCGUUGAUUUGUUUUCUGCAAACGUGAGUCUGGGAGUUUCAAAUGGGUGUGUUUUCCGACGUGCACUAACUGUUUGUAAAACUUCCAAACCCAUACGAAUAUCACUUCCCUCCAGCUUUCUACCGUUUUGCUUUCUUUACUGUGGCCUGCUCUUACCUCAAUUGCACAAAUCUUGGUCUCAGCGAAGGAUCUAGGCCCGAAACGUCAGCUUUCCUGCUGUGUACAUCCAGCUGCACACCGUGUUAUCUCGGAUUCUCCAGCAUCUGCAGUUCCGGUUAUCUCAGCGACUCUGCACCGCACUCGUGGAUGAUCACGUGGUUUUCACUGAUCCCGCCCUCCCUUCAUUCCGAUUGGGCGACAUCCGUCCGGUCAUGCACGGCACACCUGUGCUCCUAUUGGUCGCGCACUGACAUCAAUCAGCCGGACUUCACUGUGAGCUGGAGCAUGCGCAGUGCUUUGUGUUAUUGUUGGAAGCAAAUGAACGUCGUCGCAAUGUUGCAUUUUGAGACGAAUGAGACUGAAAACUGGAUCUGUCUUUUUACCUUCACAGAUGCUGCCAGACCUGCUGAGCUUUUCCAGCAACUUUGUUUUUGUUCCUGAUUGACAACAUCCCAGUUCUUUUGUUAUUUUUUAAUAAGUCGCGAUUGAAAAGGCUUCCUGCAGCUCAAAGCUGAAGGUACUCUUGAUACCGCUCUGUCAGCCAAUAGAGAAAUAGCGGUGAAAUAAGGGUAAUAAAUACAGGUCUAGCAGUCCUCAGGUAAGAUGUAAAGAGAAUAAUUAUGAAUAUGAAGAACAUCACGUGGUGAAGUGAGGUGAGUGUUGUUCAUAUGAACUGUGAUUGGACAGAGAGGGAGGUUAAUCAAAAAAGAACAAGCAGAAAAGAGACUCUCAAGAAAGGUCUGUGCAAUGGAAAGCAACGAGAAUCAGAAGAUAAAAGCCCAACACAAGAAAAAGUUUGAAGACCGCGGCUGCAGAAACUCCAAUAAGUUGUUUCACUGCUCUACUGCCUAGUUAUUGACUUAAGCAGUAUAAUCCACAUUCAACUUAUCCCUGAUUACAUCGCAAUCGACAGGAUGAAAGCUGCAGCAAGACGUGUGGAGCCAGUGGUGUAAUUGAGACGGCAUCUGAUUUUGAAUUGGAAGUUUGGAAUAUUGUAUCCUCUCUCACUCGAGUGAAGUUGACAGCUUUUCUACCCUUGCAAAUUGACAGACACUCCCGAAGAGGAAUGUCUGGCCAACGCUGUUUUUGUCAGGUUCCCAGCAGCUUAAGUGAAUGGAUUGCUGGGUUUUGGAAAUUGAAAAUUGAAAUUAAAAGGUAAAUGAGUAACUUGAGUGUGGGGCUACUUCAGCUCAUUGUAUAUUUCAUAUCCCAGCUCAUGGCAACAGUACCCAUUGUCAGGAGAAACUGCAUGUGUUCCACACAAAGCUGCCUUUUGCUGGGAAACCUUGUGUACAGCAGGAGAAGCGGGUAGAACACUGUGUGUAUAAGACUGACACUGAGCCACACAUUAAACGGUAAAGAUAACAAGUAAAGUUGUAAACUUGCUCACCCAGCUGGCUUGUUUUCGUUCAGACUUUUCGUCACCACGCAAGGUAACGUCAUGAGUGAGACUUCCGAAGAAGCGAUGUUGUUCUCCUCCACUUGAAAUUUAUCCUGCCCGGUCUGUUCUGGCAACUUCUGUCAUUUCGCAUUCUGUUCUGUAUGGGUUGUAUAUGGGGUCCAAUUCUUUAUGUUUGCCGACUGCAUUAUGGAUUGAGAACCAUGCCUCUAGGAAUUCCCAUGUGUGGCUAUGUUUGGAUUGCACUACUACGGUUAUGUUGUCCCAGUUAAACUGAUGGCCUUCAUUAUCCGGGUGUACUGAUAUUAGGGAAAGUUUGUCAUGUCAUUUUGCUGCCGGCUGAUGUUCAUGUACACUGACGGCUAGUUUCCUUCCUGUCUGUCUGAUAUAAUGUUUGUGGCAAUCGUUGCACAGUAUUUUGUAAACACUGUCAGUUCUGCAUGUCGUGGGUAUGGUGUCUUUAAUCCUUGAGAAUGUUUGUCGUAGCAUGGCUUUGGGCUUGUGUGCUACCGUAAUUCCUAGUGGUCAUAGGAGUUGUCAGUUCUGAUAUGUUCUUGAUGUGUGGCAGUGUGUCCAGUGUGUUAGGGCAUAAUGUGUCCUCUUCGUGUUGCUGUUUAGUCAGUACCUGUGGAUGAAAUUGCAGGGAUAGCCAUUCAAAGCGAAGAUUUUGUAUUGGUGUUCUUCCUCUUUCUGCAUAGUUCUGGGUCAUUGCAAUGAGUGGUGACCCAUUUAAAUAGUGUCCCGACACAGCUUAGUUUGUGCACCACUGACCUGAGUUAGUUGCCAAAUUAAAAAUAUCCGAGCCCCUCGAGGCACUGACCCGAGUUGUUGUGUGCAAAAGACAACACACAAAGGAGGAUCCUUGUGUGAUUGAUCCAAUGUGAUCUGUAUGCCAGGGUAACAGUGAAGACUGGUCUUCAACACCCACAUUGAACCUGGCUCCACUUGGCCUCCAGUCACCUCUCACAAACUACCAUGGCCCUUCACUUUUCCUGACCUCCCCUCUAUUCUUGUUUUAAACUGAUUGCACGCCAGGCAGUUUCAGCUGGCAUUGCUGAUGUGGAACUGUAACAUGGAGUGAAUUGAUUUUGACUGAUCAAUGACAUAAUUCUGCUUCUCAAGAUCAGUCAAUAUUUCAGAUUUAUUACUUUAAAUGAUAACCAUGAACAGGCUACGACAGUGAAGGCACUGAAUCGUAAUCACUGGACCAGCAGGAAAGAUCAGUUUAUGGCACUCAGGACACUGUCUGAUUCGGCCUUGCAUUCUCCCAACCUUCUGCACAUGAUGCCCCUCUGCUCUGUUUCGGUUUUGUUACGUCUUGAUAUAUAAUAGUCUCCAGUUAUCUAUUCUUUUGCUAUUUCCAAUACAUGAGACCCUCUUUCCAUGCCUUGUGCCUGGCUGCACAGCUCAGUGGUCAGAGCACUGUUCUCAGAAACUAGUGGUUGUGAGUUCGAGCCUGUGAUAGUGUUUGUACACCCCCUGCUUCAAAGGGCAAAAAGAGCCCUUUAAAAAUUAUCUGAAAUUAUAACAGUAUCAUUUCCUCCACAGACCAGAAAUAUGUGUGAAUUUCCACAUUGCUGUUUGUCCUUCCACUUGAGGAGGAGCAUUUGGAAUGGCAGGAAGCAGCUGACAUCAGUGAUGUUUGGCUGGAAGUACAAGGUGAAGCAGGAAAACUGCAGGUGAGCAAUGGGGGAGGAGCACAAACCCAGGGCAUCCAUCAAAUACUUCCAUUUGUUGCUGUAAACAGGUUCUAGUUUUGGAGUCUGGAAUGGGACAAUAGAGCCAAGUGAGUGACGUUCUGCUUUCUGGGGGUUGCUCUCUCCGAAAGCCUCUGGCACUCUCAGUGGAAGGUGUCCUUGUUAGUUUCCUUCUGUGGGUGAAAAUGAGGGUCACUUCCCCGAGGGGGCAUGGACACAGUCUUCCCACCUCAAACUUCAGUUUUGCUUGUUGGUUCCUCAAAGUGUUGACCCAGAAACCCGCACUGCACACACUUCAUUGGGGAGACAGUGGCCUGAGAUUGUUAUCACUGGACACUUAAUCCAGAGACCCAGAUAGUACUUUGGGGACUUGUGUUUGAAUCCAGUUGCAGCAGACGGCGGAAUUUGAAUUCAAUACAAACCUGGAAUUAAGCGUCUAAUGAUGAGCAUGAAUCUGUUGUCCUUUAAGGGAAGUAAACUGCCAGCCUUGCUUACAUGUAACUCCUGACCCACAGCAAUGUGGUUGACUCUUAACUGCUCUCUGGACAUUUAGGAAUUGGUAAUAAAUGUUACCCUAGCCAGUGAUGCCCUCAUCCCGUGAAUGAAUUUAAUAAGUAUGUCAGGAAUUCCUCCUGUAUGCAAUGAUAACUGAUUUGCUUUGCCCAAUCUUUAUGCAGACUGAAGUCACCUGACUCUUGAAGUCAGUGACCUUUCAUCACAGUUAGAGCUCUCCCUUUCUGCUGGUGUCUUCAAUUUCCUGUUUAGUGCCUUCUGCUAAAAUUACCACUUGAGUUGACUGGGGUGGAUAUACAUCGACCACUGUCAAUUUCUGUCCCUUGAUGUUUCUAAACUGUACCCAGACUCCAUUUCACCAGAACUAAUAUCCAUUGUCAUUACCAUAUUAAUUUUAUUCCGUAACCAGUAAUGCUGACCUACCUCCUCCUUCUUGUCAGUCCUUCCAAGAAACUGAAUACCCCUGGAGCCCAGCUUCAGACAUCGUAGAUAUUUUGGUUUCUGAUUUACCAAAAUAUCCUGGAUUCUGGAAAAGUCUGAGUUCAGUAGAAAUUAGCAGUUGUAACACUGCUAUGUAAGAAAGAAAGAGGAGCAAAAAUAAGGGAUAAAGCCAGUUAACAUGAUUUCAAUCAGUUGGGAAAGUGCUUAAUAAUGUCUCUUCAUUAAGUAUGUUUCAGCAAUGCUUUUAAAACAAAAAUCGUAUCAUCUGAUUAAAUCAACGUGGUCAAUCCAGAAGAAGACAUUCCAUGAUGGAGACAGGGCAGUUGCAGGUUUGACGAUACUUCACCUUUCUAAUUCCUCAGACUCCAACCCACUUUGAUUCUGAAAGAUUUGACUGUUGUUUCCGGUCAGUCAGCUUGCCGAAGCAGUCAGAUUUCCGUCAUACUACUCAGAAUAAAAAUGGCAUCAGGAGAUGAGCUUCCAUCCCAUCUCGCUGUCGAUACCUCCAACGUUCAAAUUCUUCACUCUGAGACCUCAAAAAGACUUGUCGAAAAUUUUGUAAUCGCUCUCAUGAACAAGGAGCGUUUCUACAUCCGCACAUUCUUUUCGACAUACAAAGCAUAUACCACUGCUGAAAGUGUGUUGUACAUCCUCCUGGACAAAUAUGGAAGCUUUGGCACCUCAGAGGCAGAAGAGAUUCCAGUUAUCGAUUCAGUGAGCACAAACAGCGGAAACAGUGAUAACAUUCCGAGCUGUGAGGAGCUUGCAAAUCCAGUGCCUGCAGAGACAGUUACAGAGAUCAGAAAGUCCAAAACCUUUGACAGCCCAAACUCUGAGAAAGAUGAAGAACCAAGUUCACCAAAAGCGACUGCAGAAAUCUCAAAUUUUGGAAAUGUUGACAGUGCAAAUGGUGAGGAAAAUGGAAGUUGUGGUUCUUCAGGAUCCAGCGAAAUAAUUGCUAAGUCCAAAACCUUUGACAGCCCAAACUCUGAUAAAGUUGAAGAACCAAGUUCACCGAAAGCGACUGCAGAAAUUUCAAAUUCUGGAAAUGUUGACAGUGCAAAUGGUGAGGAAAAUGGAAGUUGUGGUUCUUCAGGAUCCAGCGAAAUAAUUGCUAAAAAAGAGGAAGGAACAAUCCAGAAUAAUUUUGAUUUGGAGGAGGUCCAACUUCAAAAGGAGCAAGAAGGCGUUUGCAGCAACUGUGAAAGCAUUGAGUCUGAACACUGUCCGAAUUCUGAUGAAAUUCAGAAUUUAAGUUCACCAGAAAAGGGAGCGACAGUCAAGAAAAGCAUAGACUUCAACAGAUCAAGCUUUCUAGAAGAAUAUAAUUUCAGUCCUGCAGAAAAGGAAACACUAAUGAAAAUUGCUAUACCUGAAAUUCUUGAAAUCUGGCUGGAGGAGUCUGCCGAAGACUUUCGUCAAGUUCCAACUUACUCUUGUCUCCGGAAGGUACUUUGCUACUUGAACCAGACAGUGCCGGGGUCAGAUGCUGAACAUCGGGCCCAGAAACUCCUGAGUCGGUUUUUGGUGGAGGAAACAGCGGAGAAAGAGAUGUUCAAAGGCUACCGUAGAAGAGUUAGAUUCUAUAUUGGAGAAGAACACGACCAAACCAUCGAACAAGUUGACGAAAAGCUCCUGUCCUACCCAUCACGCUUCAUUGCAGAGCAGCUGACUUUUAUGGAUGCUGAUCUUUUUCGGAAACUUGUGCCCAGCCAAUGUUUAGGGUCCAUCUGGUCUCAACGAGGGAAGGAAGAAAAACAGCAUCUGGUAUCAACCGUCCAGGCCACCAUUACACAGUUCAAUAAUGUUACAAAAUGUGUCACCAGCACCAUAUUAAGACCUCAACAGCUGAAACCACGGCAGAGGGCUAAAAUCAUUGAGAAAUGGAUUGAUGUUGCCCAGGAAUGUAGGACUUUGCAGAAUUUCUCGUCAGUGCAUGCAAUUACCACUGCAUUGCAAUCGAAUAGUGUGUUCAAUUUGAAGAAGACUUGGGCAGCCGUGUCAAAGAGCAGUAAGAUAACAUUUGAAGACCUUUCAAACAAUGAAGAAGAUAACUUUAUGGCAAGUAGAGAGCUGCUAAUGGAGGAUAUUGUUCAGGGAAUUGUGCCGUACCUGGGAACUUUCUUAACAGAAUUUUCAGCGCUGGAUUCGGCUUUCCCGAAUUACCAUUCAAAUGGCUUGAUCAACUUUGACAAGAGACAAAAAGAAUAUGAAAUAAUUUUGGGUAUCAAAUCCCUGCAGUUUGCUUGCUCAUCUUACACCCUUCGUCCAAACGAGAAUUUUCUAGACUUGUUCUUUCUGCAACAAUACUUAAGUGAGGAUAGCGAGUACGUAACUGGUAUUGUAGGAGUGUGCAGCUCCUCUGAACUCGAGAAACCGCCAAAGCCCAAAAAGAGUGUGUUUAAACGCCUCAGCUGCCUGUUUUCAAAGAGAGGUGUUAAAAUACACAACACUCAAACUAAAAGCUCUGAGCAGCGAGCAUCCCUUCAGAAUGAGGAUUCAGACAACAGCAUUACCGCAGCCAACAUUUUAUCCGAUUCCAGCCACUUGGAAAUGGAAGAGCCGAGCACUUCGCAAAAAGCGCUGGAAAAGUCAUUAAGAUCCGUGGAUACUGCCUCCUCUGGAGGUUUAUCCAACAGUGGUGCAUCAGCAAAACCAAAUUAUGACACAGCCAAGUCUGGUAGGCGUGCGGGUUUGGGCAGCUGCUGGUGUGCAACACGUCGGAGGGACAACCGCCAGAAUGAGAAAAGCUGCCUCAUCCGAGUCAGAUUAGAGGAGGACAGAGCACAAGAAUUCAAAACUAUUUUGGUGACUAAUCAAGAUCGUGUAUCUGAAGUUCUCAACAAAGCCAUCACCGCGCUCAAAUUUGAACCCGAGCGUCCUCAGCAAUUUGCUCUAGCACAGAUCAUUGAAUCAAAUAAAGUGCUCAUACUUCCGGCCGAUGCCAUCCUGUAUUACGCAAUGAACAAGAAAGUGAAUCACGACUUCAUCCUGAGAUUCACCGAAAGAAGAUCUUCAUGUCUAUGCAAGUUUUAGCUGCAAUGUUCGAGCCUCCUUCCCAAUGUGAAUCAAUGAGCUCUAGUGAGGAAGGGCUUUAGAGAGCUCACCGCCCUGAUUUUUGAGAGGUCGUAUGUAUUUUAUUUCCUUCUCCUCCUGUAAAUCGCUUGGUGCUCGACAUAGGAUUCACUAAUUAGACAUUUACACAUAACCACUUUAAAAUUAAAAUGGUUCAACAUCGAGGCUAUGCCAACAAUACCAGCCACAGAUAGAAGAGAAAAUCAUCUGAGUUCUUUGUCUAAGUUUGUUUCUAAAAAUAGUGUUCAA